AUGUUAGUGAGGUUGUUCAAAAUCACGGGUAGCACAAACCCCUAUACUACAACUCCAGAUGAUAUCAGUGCGAUCAAGUCUGCUCUUGGAGGAUGUCAUCUAAACAGGGAAGGCUAUUUUUUCACGGACCCACGAUUCUUGCAAGGAGUUUUUGCUGGUAUCCUUGUUUUUUAUGUAAUGCUAUACUAUACACGACGAUACAAAAAUAGGGUGAAUAACUUCCCAAGAAGUGAUUCAUUUACCUAUGUUAACUUGCCAAAUCAAGGCCCAUAUAGAGAAUACCCUGAAGAUGAAAUGGAACAAAUGCGUUAA